CGGUUCCUCGUGAAUUUCUUGGCGGUUGGGAAAUAUAUCGUACAUGGCCGGAGUUUCGAAGGAUACGUGUAACGCAGAGAUAUAUAUGUUUGUAGAAUUGCAGUGAUAUCCUUGGAUUAUAACCGCCACACAGUACUGCUGCCCGUCAAAGUGUUCAAGAGGAGGCGCCAUGGACCUGUCGCUGCAAACAGCGUUACUCCUCUGCUUAGGUGCAUGGGUGCAGUCCAGCGCAGCCAAUACCAGGACAAGUCUAAACAACGUCACAGACAAGGCCAUUCCAGUUGCUGUUCUACAAGUUAUUAACAGCUCAGGGGCGAUAACUGAGAGCGUUACCAGCACAGAGGAGGCGCACAUCCGCGUCAGGGCCUUGACUUCAAUGGAGUUCCAGUCUCCUUUCGUGAACCGCUGUUGGCACGGACCGAUCAUCCCGGACUCGGAAACCUUCACUGUCGCCAAGGCGCAGCAGUUUGUAGCCCAUGGAUGUGCAGAUAAAACGGGAGAAAUGCUUAAACCUCUGGACGCCGCCUUCCUGUCAAAUGGACCUCUUGAGAUCCUCUCGCCUGCCCUCAGACUUGAUAACUUGUUUAAGACCCGGCCGGGGUACACUGAAAUCAUGUGCGAGGUUUAUAUGUGUAGAGAGGAUCAAGUGUGCAUUUCGGAAUGCCCCUAUCGCAAAUAUGAUCACUUCAAGAUGGCGAAGGAUGCUUUACAAGUAAACGUCACUGCACUGUUGUUUGUGGAGAAAGGUGUUGUGACGUCAAAACCAGCCGCCAAAGACGAAAAAGAAGUUGACAAUGGGAUCAUUUUCGGGAAAGGUGAUAAAAAAGAAGACAAUACAAGCAACUCAGAUGGACAGAAGUCGUUCCUAGAGAAGAACCAGCCAUACUUCCUGUUAGCCUGCUUGGGCAUGGUCACUCUUAUCCUGAUGUGCAUCGCUGCUGUCGGCUACAAGUACAUCUCCUCACUGAAUAACGCCAAGACAACAAAAAAGAAACAGCGCGCACGGGAUCAUCAGGAAGGUUGCCAAGAUGACGUCACCAAACACGUCAUCACCCCGCCGCCGUGUUACGAAAGAGCACACGUAUGGACCACUCCAGACUCACGCAAGUCAAAUGCGUACUUCGUAGAUGAAGAAGACCGGCGCUUGAUUCCCUCCCUCUCCGAGGUUCAUUCACCAAGGCGGCAAAUUGAAUAUCACCAUGACGCCAUCCGAUCUCCGAGACGUGACGAGCUUUACCCGGAAAUGAGGGAGUUACGCAGGUCCCCACCUCGUCACCAUGAUGACUCGGGCAGACGUCUAGUCGAGCAGGGAACCAACGAGAUUCUGGGAGCAGCUCUUUCAGAAUAUUUCGAGCACCGAGGAGUGCAUGUUCGGAAAUGACUGUUUAUCAUCGAUGACCUGUACUUGUAUGUUUUGUGA